AACCCUAACCAUUAUGAGCUGUUGAAGCAAAUUUGAAUUUGAGAAAAGGAAGGGGGGGGGGGGAGAGAGAGAGAGCGGGGUAGAAUUGUCGAAGCAUGAAACCCCUCCCGGCAUCGAGUUCGUCUUAUAAAAAUCCCGUCAAGUUCAGGAUACCAACGGCCGACAAUCUAGUUCCAAUUCGUCUGGACAUUGAAAUCGACGGACAGAGGUUCAGAGAUGCGUUUACAUGGAACCCAUCCGAUCCAGAUUCAGAGGUGGUGGUGUUUGCAAAAAGGACUGUGAAAGACUUGAAGCUUCCUCCAGCAUUUGUUACGCAAAUUGCUCAGUCUAUUCAAUCGCAGCUGACAGAUUUUCGAUCAUUUGAAGGGCAAGAUAUGUACACCGGGGAGAAGAUUGUUCCUAUCAAGCUUGAUCUUCGAGUGAAUCAUACUCUCAUUAGGGACCAGUUUUUAUGGGACUUGAACAACUUUGAUAGUGAUCCUGAAGAGUUUGCAAGAACCUUCUGCAGAGAUAUGGGUGUUGAAGACCCUGAAGUUGGGCCUGCAAUUGCCUUUGCGAUCAGGGAACAACUUUAUGAGAUUGCAAUUCAAAGCGUAGCUUCAGCAAGGGAAGCCAGAAUAAGCAAGAAGGGUCGCAGAGGGACUGAACAUGCACCUGCCAGUAAGACUGGUGGAAUUGCUGUGGAUUUGAUGAAGUUAUUUGGUCACAGAUCAAGUGUCAUUCGAAAAAGAAAGGAGUGGGAUGUAUAUGAACCCAUUGUCGAUCUUCUGUCAAGUGAGGAAGUGGAUGCUCUUGAAGCAAGAGAAGAGAGGAAUGCUCGAUGAAGUGGAGCAGCUGUUCAUGUAAGAUGUACUUAAAGGUUUCUAAAGGAGCUGAUACCUGUCGUCCUGUAGUUGCUUUGAAAUUAGUUCAUUUUUGCUUCCAUUUUUAAAAAACCAAAAGUAAAAUCUAUUAUGUUGUUUAUAUUGAUUUUUCACAUAA